AUGCCUCCCAAUGGAACGAGUGUUGCGAUUACGAACCCUCUGGUCCUUUACAGAAGUCUCAUAGCAACGCAGCAAAUUCGUCCCGAUCCCGGACAGCAUCGACUAGCCUUACAUCUUCAAAAACUCUACGACCAGCUCAAAGACUAUGAGCCGCAAGUGGAAUACUCCAAACGUCUCAGCCAGCUAACUCGGGCUGUCAAUGCGAACCAGGAUGUGCCACCACCGCCGUCUACUGCUUCUGCCGAGCUGGGCAGCUUCGACCGGAGCUGGAUAUGGAAAGCCCUCGUGAACCAGAAAGCGCAGCGCGACUCGAAAGCGCUGACCCGUGUACUGACUGAUCAUGAUCAAGCCAUGGCUCUGCAAAGUCCUAAGGGGCUCAUGCUUCAUGGCGAAGUAGGGACGGGAAAGUCCAUGCUCGUUGAUAUGUUCCAAGAGAGUUUGCCAAACCGCAAGAAGAAGCGAUGGCAUUUUGAUACGUUCAUGCUGCACACCAUCUCCCGUCUGGAGCAGCUUCGUCAGUCUCGUGCGCUUACGCGGACUGCUGAUGGCCAGGACGAAUACUCCCUGCUGCUUGUAGCACGUGAUCUUAUCGAGACAAGUCCCAUUCUGUUUCUUGACGAGUUCCAAUUCCCGGAUCGCGUAGCGAGUAAGAUUCUGUCGAAUCUGAUGACGAGCUUCUUCCAACUGGGCGGCGUGUUGAUAGCGACCAGCAACCGCAUGCCAGACGAGCUGGCCAAGGCGGCGGGUGUGGAGUUUGCCAGGCCCGCCCCAGGCGGUGCGUUUAGCAAGCUCGGCUGGGCGAAUCGUAUGGCUGGAUUCCGUGCGAAGAAUGAUGGCGCUGGGCAGAAGGGCGAGUUCUUCCAGUUUCUCGAGCUGCUGAAGUCGAGAUGCGAGGUGUGGGAAAUGGAGGGCAAGAAGGACUAUCGCAAGCUUGAGAUUGAGGAAGACGGGGGCAACCGGACAUCGAAGUCGGCAUCAGAAGCUGUCUCGAUCGCGUCUGCAGGCCUGCCAGCUGGAGCCGUUAACGAGACAGAGACGGAGACGGAGACAGCCACUGAAGUCGCCCUCCCGAAGAACUACCUCAUACAGCCCACCAACGUCGAAGAGAUGACCGAGUUUGCAGAGACGUUCAACUCCCUCAUCGAGCGCGCAACCAACCACAGCUACCCCAUCCCCUGGGAGCCCGCCACCCUCACUGUCUACGGCCGCCGCGUCGACAUCCCCGCACAACACAACGGCGUCGCCUUCUUCACCUUUGACGAGCUUUGCGGCGCCGUGCUCGGCCCCGCCGACUACCUCUCUCUCGCCUCGCACUACCACACCUUCAUUCUGACCGACGUCCCCGUGCUGACCUUCCUGCGCAAACACGAAGCCCGCCGCAUGAUCACGCUGCUCGACGCUCUGUACGAAGCGCGGUGCCGACUACUCCUCACCGCCGCCGCCGCGCCAGACGCGACCUUUUUCCCCGCGCCCACGCAAGACGGCUCCACGUCCGACCUCGCCGCCGACGCCGUCUACCCCGAGACCUUCUCGGAGAUCCACCAGGACCUCACGUCGCCGUUCCGGCCCAACGUGUCCUCGUACGCACUCCCGCCCGACGCGCUCGAAGACGACCCGCCGAACCGCGCGCGCCGCCAGGCCGGGCUGAGCGUCUCGGACUACGCGGACGAGGAGGCCAAGGCGCGGCAGGCGCUUGCGGCGGGCGGGAAGGCGAUGGACUUUAACAACGUGCGGGGGCUGACGGGCGAGGACGAGGUGUUUGCGGUCAAGCGGGCGCAGAGCCGGAUCUGGGAGAUGUGUUCGGCGCGGUGGUGGGCGCGGGCGGACGGUGUCGGAGGUGCUGGAGGUGUCGAGGGUGUGGAUGGUGUCGAGGGUGUCGGAGGCGCAGUGCGCCCCAGCUGGUGGCGCCCGCUCAGCAGCGCAAACCGCCACUGGGAGCGCGCUGCAGCAUCCACGUCCACAUCCGCCGCCGCCAAAGUCCCGCCCAACACCGCCAUCCUGCCGUCCGACGUGCGGCUCGUCGACGAAUCGCUCCCCGUGGACCGCGAGAAAGCGGUGCGUCCUGCGCAGCCGUACGCGCAGACUCCAGGCGUGCCGAGGGAUAACGCGGUGUUUAGCGAUGCGGAGAUGGAGAAGAUGUUCCGCGACGGCGCGAGUCCGUUUCGGUCGACGGCGGAGAAGCCGCCGAAGUUCAGCGAGGUGCAUGCGUGGGGCGUUGGGGUGUGGGGGAAGCGGGCGGGGACGUGGGGGAAGGGGGUGGAGGGGGUGGCGGAGCGGGAGGGCAGGGAGGUCAAGGAGGGCGAGGAGGGCGAGGGCACAGCGAAGGGCAUGGCAAAGGGCAAGGGUGACGGAGACGUCGGGCGGUGA